GCAACUUUCAAUUGCAAGACGCAAAUCGUGAACCCAAAAAAAAGCAAACUUGAAAAAUGAAAAUCUUCUCGCUUGGUGGUGUCCUUACCCUCUCCGCUGUGGCCAGUGUGGCUCUGGGUGCUCCUCAGCUGGAGUCCCGCCUGCGCCGCGAUGUCUCCGAGCUGGUGGAACCCUCUGCCGUGGAAUACCUUCCUCCCGCGAUCACCGAGGCUGCCCUCCUGAAUGUCGAACCCUCGGAGGCUGAGCUCCAGGCCGAACCGGCUGCUCUGGAGGCCGAUCCCGAGGGCACCGUCCUGGGGGAUGAGGGCUACGAGUAUCGCACGGUGCGUCGCCUCAAGCUGCGCCAUCGCAACCGCCGGGAUGUCUCCCAUUUGCAGCCAGCCAGGCAGUAUCUGCCGCCCAGCAAGUCCUACUUGCCGCCAGCCCAGGAGGCUCCUGCUGCUCCCGCUGCUCCUGCUGCAGCUCCUCCCGCCGAUGACACCGAGGAGGUGGUGUCCGCCGCCGAGCCCAAGGUCAAUCGGGAGUACCUCCCGCCCACCGAAGCGGCUCCAGUGGUUGAGGAAACCACCGAGGCUGUAGCACCUGCUCCCGAGGAGCCAGCCGAUGUCCGUGUGGUGGAUGUGCCCACUGUCUCCGGACAACUGCUGCAGGAUGGCUACCACUACCAACAGCCGGCCCAGGUGCCCGCCGAGCUGAGGGAGGCUGCUGCCGAGUAUCUGCCGCCACUCGGCGGCGAGGAGGUCAUCGUGGAGGGUCCUGCCGGGGGCGAGAGUGCCGUCCUGACCAGCGAUGGCUACCAGUACCGCGCCAUCAGGCGCUACAGAUUUUAA